AUGGCGACCAAGGCUAGCGAUAGCCAGGUCGAGCUCCCGCACUCGAGUCGGGACCCGAAGGAUGAUGUGAUGGUCCUUGGGCAACCCAGCGACGAAGAGAUCGAUGCUUUCAUCGACGAGAUGGAGGCCGAGCUCGCCGCACAGGGCGGGCUGCGCAAGGGAUUAUUUCAACUUGAGUUCAAGAAUCCGAAACACUUCACCUGGGUCAUCGUCGCCUUUGCUUCCAUGGGUGGUCUCCUCUCUGGCUUGGACCAGUCGACCAUCUCGGGCGCCAACCUGUACCUGCCUACAGACUUGGGGCUAGACACGAGGCAGAACAGUCUCGUCAACGCGGCCAUGCCGCUCGGCGCUGUCGGCGGCGCCUUGCUUCUCUCGCCCUCCAACGAGUGGUUUGGUCGUCGCUGGUCCAUCAUCAUCUCCUGUAUUCUAUACACCGUCGGCGCCGCCCUGGAGGCUGGAGCCAUUAACUAUGGCAUGAUGAUCGCUGCACGUGUGAUCCUCGGCAUGGGCGUCGGCUUAGAAGGAGGCACUGUCCCCGUCUACGUCGCAGAGACGGCCGAGCGCAAGGUGCGCGGCAAUCUUGUUUCGCUGUACCAGUUCAACAUCGCCCUCGGCGAAGUGCUCGGUUACGCCGUGGCGGCCAUGUUCCUGCGCGUCCCCGGCAACUGGCGCUACAUCUUGGGUUCGUCACUCGUCUUCUCGACCAUCAUGCUGAUCGGCAUGCUCUUCCUUCCCGAAUCGCCGCGCUUCCACAUGCAUAAAGGCCGUGUGCUGGAUGCCUACCGCGUGUGGAAGCGCAUCCGCGGCAUCCACGACCGCGAGUCUCGCCUCGAGUUCUACGUCAUGAAAGCGUCGGUGCAGCACGAGGCGCGCGUUGUCGCCGAGAGCGCCGUCAACAAGCGUUUCCCCUGGCUCGACUUCUUCACGGUACCCCGCGUCCGCCGCGCUCUCAUCUACGCUAACAUCAUGAUCCUGCUUGGCCAGCUGACGGGCGUCAACGCCAUCAUGUACUACAUGUCGGUGCUGAUGAACCAGAUUGGCUUCGACAAGGAAAAGGCAAACUACAUGUCCCUUAUCGGCGGCGGCUCCCUGUUGGUCGGCACUAUCCCCGCCGUCUUCCUGAUGGAGCGCUACGGCCGCCGCUUCUGGGCCAACACGAUGCUUCCGGGCUUCUUCAUCGGCCUGGUCGUCAUCGGCGUCAGCUAUCAAAUCCCGCUCGACACAAAUCUCGAGGGAGCCGAGGCCUGCUACCUCAUCGGUCUGAUUCUCUACAUGGGCUUCUUCGGCUGCUACGCCUGCCUGACUUGGGUCGUGCCCUCUGAGGUGUACCCGACGUACCUGCGGUCGUACGGCAUGACCACGUCCGAUGCCCUGCUCUUCCUGGCCUCCUUCGUCGUCACGUACAACUUCUCGGCCAUGCAGCAGGCCAUGACACGCACCGGCCUGACGCUCGGCUUUUACGGCGGCAUUGCCGUUGUGGGCUGGUUCUACCAGCUGCUGUUCAUGCCUGAGACCAAGGACAAGACGCUGGAGGAGAUUGAUCUGCUAUUCCAGAAGCCGACAUCGUACAUUGUUGCGGAGAACGUGAGAAAUCUUAAGCAGGGCCUCGGAGAUUUCUUUACUGGGAGAUGGGGCUCUAAGAGCGCUGGGAAGUCAUCCACGCCAAGGGAUCGGAUGGCCGAUGACGAGGACGAGAAAGCUGGUUUCGAAACGGCUUGA